AUGUCUCCACGCGCAUUAUUUGAUCAAGCGCAAGAAGAGGAUCGAGGAGGUGCCGAGGCUGCUUCUGAUGCGGACGACACGAUUGCCUUAUCAACGCAAGAAGCCAGACAAGGAGUAGUCCAACGACGAGACAAGGCGUUAUUAAUGUCUCCUGCCGUUCAGUAUGCUUCCCCCGUCCCAGUACGGGAGAAAAUGCAAAAGACAUGGGAAAAUAUUCGCUCAACGCCUUUGAAUCUGGAAACCCUCUCGAACCUCAUUGACCUUCCACGAAGAAUACUUGUCAUUCAAUGGAACAAGUCCAACGUUCUUCACUUUCGAGUUUGGCUGUCUCGCGCUGUGCGAAAGGUCCAGCAUUCGAAACAUGCGCGGCAUGCGAUCAAGCAUGCAUUUGGUAUCACGCUCUUAGCGAUUCCUAGCUUUUUGCCUACUGGGACGCCUGGCAUUAUGCGUCUUUGCGGGACGUUCAUUGGUGCUGUAUACGCCUAUGUUACAUGGGCGAUAUGCCGAGAGAAUCCAUAUGGAAUCGUCAUUAUGCUUACUGUAGGAGAAAUCAUGUUGACAUUUUUGAUUCGGACUUCAACACCGGGUGUGGGGAUUGUUGCAUCGAUUACUAUGCCUCCAAUUAUUUUCACGCCAUAUCUCGGUCUUCCCCAUCCUUCCGUAAUAGGUCUAGCAGCUCUCCGUGGAGCUCAAGUCGCGAUCGGUAUAGUCGCUGCAAUCCUCAUCAAUCAUUUCGUAUUCCCGCGUCACUGUCGAGUCAUGUUUUUGGAGGGCAUGGCACAAGUAUUGUCGAAAGAGACGGCACUAUUUUUGCAUUUGAGCCAGAGAACACUGAAUGAGGCGGCACGUACGAGAAAUGGGAUGGUGAGGGGUGCCAAGAUGGAUUUGAGGCUUAGGGAAAUGAUUGCACGUGAAAAACUGCUACUGACUCAGAUGGUACAUGAAGUUAGCCUUAUGCCGAAACCGACAGAUCUAUACAGGGAGGCAACGGAGACUGUCCAAAGGAUCGCGGACCUGAUGUCUGGCCUACGCAGAAUUCGAGAAAAUGUUCCCCAGAAGGAGGCGAUUCAUCAAGUAUUGCAAUACAGGCAGCAUACAAUCUCAUGUGUUUGUAUUAUCCUCUUUGCCUGCGAACACGCUUUCCGGUCUCGACAACCACUCCCCCAGAUUUUACCGUCCCCUCGUAAAGCGUUCGAUGACCUUCGACGUGAAAUGAUGGAUGCUCUUCAGAGCACAACGCGCGCCACAGACGUAGCGUACGCAAUCGCUGAAAACGAAGUCUACGAGGAAUUAAUCGACGCGAUCGAGAUGCUGAUCACGAUCACGAGAGAACUAUUUGGCACGAACAGGUGGCUUUCGGAUGGGGACCUUUCAUUCCCCCCUUCCACAAAUCCUUCGGCGCAAGUCGAAGCCCUUGUCGUCAAUAUGAUUGGUGUUCUUAUAGGACUCGGAUGGAGUAAUCUUGGGUUGGCAUGCGCUGCUUUCGCAGCACGACGGUAUGGACCUGACUCGAGCGAAAGCCGAGCCAUCCGGGCCUGUUUUCUUGUCUUUCUCGGCUUCCUCGCGGGAUUGGUGCGAAGUCGAAUGCCACGCCUCACGCUAGCCUCCCGUGCGGUGUGUUUUAUUGGUAUUUGGCUCUUGGCCCGCACACCGGAAACCCCAGAACAAUGGAACUACCGCUACUUUACAGAGCUUCUAUUUAUAUUCUCCGUUGCAGGAGCUGCAAGUCUGUUCGUCUCUCUGGUCGCUCGAAUAUUUACACAUCCUGGCGGAUACGCUAAAGACGUCAUUGACGCACUUGGAAUUCUCAAGGACCUACUUCACAACUCUACUUCUAGAACAUUUUCAGAUCUAGAGAAAUCAAUGUUGCGGACAGAAACAUUGCAUAGCAAGAGUCUAGACAAGGCACUUGCUCUGCAUACAUCCUACGCUUACUCAGCAUAUGAACUACGAAUUGGAAGGGUACCAAUCAAGGUGAUCAAGCCACUACUGAUCACUGUCAAUCGAAUCAGAGAAGAACUCGCGUGGGGAAAUGUGCCAGCAUUGGAAGGUUGGGAAACUCCCUCUGGAGAUACCGCUCUUCUUGCAGAACUGGAUGACCCCUGCAGAGCAUGUUCGUCUGCGAUCAUCGAUGGAAUAUCUACCCUGCAAGCAGCAGUCGGGAAGUGCUAUGGGAUCAAGCUACCCAACAAUGCACAUAAAUCAAUUCACCUAAAUGAUCCUCUCCUAGCUCGAACUGUAAUUACGAAUGCUCGGGCGGAGCUCAAGGGGACACUCGACUCAGUCGUGCACGGGAUCAACAAAACCUCCACUCUGAGCAGAGUAGAGGGCCAUCACAAAGAACUCUUUCGGAAAAGCUUACAUUCUGCUUCUCUUCUACACAUAUCGUCAGAGCUUAUCCGAGCGUUAACACUAGCACAUGCCAUUCUCGAAAUCCAUCACACUACAUCCACACCCCACGUAUUCUUCCUCAGACCGUCGUGGUUUUGGCUUGGAAUGUCACCUCGUACCGUUGUUGCCGAGGAGGAUUCACCCGUUACUCCUGGGCCAUCGACCGAACUUGAUACCGAUGUCGAUGCGGAUACAUUAUCCUUGAACGAAGCGCGAACAGUCUUGCUUCCUAUCCCGACUACAACCUCUCCUUCCCAUAAAUGGUCAUUGAUACAAAUUAUGCGCACACCUGUUGCCCUCCAAGCUCGCAUCAACCUAUCCAAUUGGCUAUGGAGAGCACGACAUUCGAAGCAUGUCCAACAUGCUAUCAAAAAUGCUCUGGGUAUUGCUUUACUUUUGAUCCCUGCCGUCUUGCCUGCAUCGUCCAGUGGUAUUAAUCGUGGUCGUUUAUGCAUGUCCUUGGAACUAACGCGGGGUAAAUACAGGAAAGAAAUUUACAUUCUAAUUAUGGCGUAUGGGCCAUCAUCUCAUUUGUUUAUGUGCUUGACCAAAUACGGCCUUGACAUGGAGGAUUGGCAUUUGGAGAUUGGAACAAACCCAUAUGGAGUCGUUGCACUCGUGACCAUCCGUAACCAUCCCGCCAGUAUUGUUUUCAUCCCCUAUCUUAAGAUAGGUCAUACAUCUAUGUUACGUGAGUCCAGAAUGACCCGCCGGUUACGUACCCUCCAAAUUGCAAUCGGAAUCAUUGCAGCCAUUCUUAUCAACCAUGUGUUAUUCCCCAAACAUCCUCGCGUGAUGUUCCUGAGCGGGAUGGCCAAGGUAUUAGAAGAUACGAGGGAACUCUAUAGCGGGUUGAGCCGUCGAACACUGAAUGACCGCCAUCCACGUUCGCGCCCCGAUUCUGAACUCGUUGCUCGAGAAAAGAUGUAUCUUAGUCAGAUGGAGCACGAGCUCAGUUUAAUGCCGAAACCCACUUCAGCAUAUCGUGAGGCUACCAAUUAUGCACAGCGAUUGGUAGACCUGGUAGCUGGUUUACGCCGUAUCAGAGAAUGUACCACACACGGCGAUCGAUUCCGUACUGGUACACAGACAACGGGCUGCCUCGUGCAUCACUCUCUCGUUGUUCGCCUGCGAACACGCUUUCCGUUCGAGGCGAGCACUGCCUCAGGUCCUCCCAUCGGCGCGCAAAGCACUCGACGCGCUCAAUUCUGA